UCCGUCCCAGGGCUUACAUAGGGCAUCCCCCACCAUCGGCUUACAGGGAACUACAGGACCCCAAUUACACGCUUGCAAGGACCUCACCUCUUGCGCAGGAAGUGCAACGUCUUGCACGCAGAGGAAUCCCCACCUUGUAAAAAUCCAAUGAAAAAGAGUAAAGAAAAAGAAAACAAGAAUUAUGCACAAGAGUGCACGCACUUCUUUUGGGUGCCACAGCAAUGGCACAUGUCUUGGUUUGUUCUGCAAAGAAUGUAACUGCAAUCAUCCUCAAGAAUCCUUGAAAAAUUCCAUUCGCAGUACUUACCCACGACCUACCAUGCUUCCUUUCAAGGGGGCCCUUAUGCAUCUUGCGUCGACUGUUGGCGUCACAUCAUGCGUUUUAUUAUCCGGUUCUUCUCGCAAAUCCAACGAGUUUUGGGCAAUGAGGAAGAGGUUACAAGUGGACGGUAUAACGUAAUCUCUGAAAUCGGUGCGUGCCAGGAUGAGCUCCUCCUACAGUUUAUCACGCAGUACGUGACAUUGCUCUACCUAUGAGAUACGUGAUGCGAAUCUGUUUGCAUUGUAUGGCAUCUCCCUGUACGGAACUCGAAGGAUCAUCUUCCAGGAGCCUCAUAAAGUAGUCGAGGAUGAUUGAACGAUCCUGCCGGUAUUACUAAGCGAUUCCAGCGUCUCUCGCCAGGGGAUAGAUAUAUUUAUAUCUUGCACUUCUGCGAAAUGGUCCCGCUCGCAAAUUCACCUCUCUGUGAUCCUAUAUACAUACCUACACAUAGAUAUAACAGCCUAUGGGCCUCCCUUGUCCUUUAGCUACGUCCCUUGUUUCCUUUUUCCUUUUUUUUUUCUUUUGAAUUUUUUUUAUUGCACCGUUGCUCCUCCGCUGUUCACUCUCAUCCUCUUCCAAGUCUGUUUACAACGACCGGCUCUAGGAGGACCAGAGGGUGGAAUGCCGCGAGAAGAAGAGGAGCAUCGGACCCCAAGAGAAAAUAAAAGAAGGAACGAGCUCAUGGAUGGAAUGGAAGAAAAAAGGUGAGGAGCGGAGGUUGGAUGCUGGAGGAAGAGGAGGUGGACCAAGUGCACGCCCUUUCGAACAAUUAAUUUCGCAGGAGCGAUGGUGCACAGUGUAUAUAAGAUAUGGGAUAAGGAAUUACUGUCAUGGCCAAUGUACACCUUAAAUUUGGCAAGCUUACACGACAUGCCACUUAGCGUAAUCAUCAACUUCGGCUGUCUUUCUAAUUUACAUUGAGUAAUCUGGAACAGCAUAACGGCAGGACCUCAACUGUAAACGUAUGAAUUUCCGCAAGUGCAAGAAUACCUUAGGUGCAUACAAUAUUAAGGAAAAAAUGUCCCGUAACGUCACUUGGGCAUUCGGACCACGUGUGAGCCAGUACCGUGCAUUCCUCAGUAACUGGAUGCACCCCCGUUUACCCUAAAUUACAAUCCUCAAGGGGCUAUCCCUUUGGCUAGUGGGAUAAGCUACAUUACUUAUGACACCAUAGGGGCCAUCUAAUAAAUCUGGUAAACGUAUAGUAUAGCUGCAUAUAUACACUUGGUAUACCCAAAGAAGAAGCGCCACUUAACGCGAUCUUUUAAGAUGCUCAGGUAAUGUAUAUUCGCAUAAGGAAAAAUCAACCGUUUUAAGAAUUCCCAGGCGGUAACAUUCGUCGGUUUUCUACAUACGAAGAUAAAUACGAAUUCCCAUACGUAUCUUGGUCUUAUAUGUGCUGUAUAAUGUGAGCACACCUUUGCACAACUGAUGCAGGACGUUACAUACGGAUGACCGUAGGAUCCCACGUAACUCGGGGCCUCAGACCAGAUACUUGGUAUCCAGCCUGUGGCUCCGGCUAAACGCUCUAAUGAAGCGAAUACAUUUCGGGGAAGGAAGAAUGGCGGUACUGGACUCUGCUGUAAAAAAUAAUUAAAAAAGAUACUAAGAGGACUCGCAGGAUGAUGGUGCGCAAGGGGAGUGCGGAGAAUCCGUACAGCCAGAAGAAGAGGCUGAGGAGGAAAAGAAAGGAAAGAAAAGAGCAGAUAAAGAAGGUGCUCGAGGAGGUGGAGGAGGAGGAGAGGAGGUGGUGCUGUGGCUCGAACGCGUCAAGGCCCAGGGGUCCUUGCUCUCCGGGUCAUAGCGGCCCACAGACUCAUAACAUUUCACCUUACCCCGCCUGCCCGCCACUCGGCACUCGAAUCUACGGUCCCACGGAUUAGGAAUUAGGGGAUCGUUCAUUAGCUGGAUUACAUAGGGAGCUGGAUUCUAUGGGGUUUUGCUUUCUUUUUUCAAUCUAUAAUUUUACGUAAUCAAUAGUAGAUUUGAUGAAUUUUAGUCAUUUAUUUUAACUUCUACAUACUUCAUGGCGUUUUCUUAUUUUUUUCUAGAGGACCAAGUAAUGUCUUGCGUAAUCAGGCGUACCUUGUAAUACGUAGCAUGAGAGAUUCCAUGGAAUACUGCAACCAGAUUUACUUGACUGUAUGACGGCUUGCCAUUACGUACGGAGUCAUGUGGCGUGAUGUCGGUAAAUAGAAAUUUAUUUACAAAGCUACAAAGUCAAUUAGAUAAUUUUCAUACUGAUAAUAAACGAUACUCCAUUGGAACGUAAUUUUUGGAUAAGGUGACUAAAACCCACAAGAAAUCAGGAUCUGGUAUCGCAACAGGACGACCGUCGUCAACAUAAACAGUGGGAAUUCUCGAGUUUUUGGAAGCGAAUCGUUAAUCCAAACGGAGGAUUUCUUACACACGUUUUUCAUGGGAUGUCCAGGCAUGGAGAUGCGCAUGGCGAGACGCGCGCCAAAGAAACCGUGAAGGGCCUUGGUGGCGAACCUGACAUCUUGCAUAUUCCGCUGGAGCGAAGAAAUGUAAAAGGAAUAAGAAAGGAGAGAAAAAAAGAUAAGGAGGAAGAAACGUCGUAAAAAUGUUCCAACGAUUUUGCGCGACGAGCGGCUAACGAGGAAAAAUGAAAUCAGUUCAGGGAUUAUGAGAUCCAGAAAAAGAGAAGAUGCUGAUAACGAUGUUAAGAGAAAUUGCAAGAGGUAGGAUAAAAAAAGUGGAUCUGGAUGGUGUUUUUCUGCUAUCCUGUCAACAUCCGUUAACUUCUGUAGCAAGAAUAAAUACUGUGCUAUCAUCAAAAAAGCGUAUCGUCAAGCGUCUGAUCAAAGAGAUUGAAUUAAAAAAAAAAAAAACGGAACUGUAAGAAAUAUUAACAAGAGCAAGCUAGUCGACGAGUUACCGAUGGAAAUUGGCCGAUGUGGAAUGAAGCGAGAAACGUAAGAGAAAUAGGAAAGAAAGGAAAUAAAAAAGAAACCUGAAAUCUACUGACUCACGUAGUCAGUGAAUGGUAUUCGAGAUAUCAGAAACACCGAAGUCGAUUUUUCUGGAGGUUCCGAUGCCCCAGCGUCUCGACGACGGACGUCGGCUUCUCGAUACCGCGGUUGCAGUGGAAGAAGCAGCCUGCUCGCCAAGAAGGCCUUCCUAGCUGAGAGACCGCGGCCAGAGAGUGGGGAGCUCAUAUAAGACCCAAGCCAAACGCCUCUCCCAGUGACCAGUCCCGACACGAAAACCCAUCAGUCGAGCUUCUUCGUUCUUGACUGAGAACUUUUUGCUUUGGCACUUUAAUGGUUCCAUCGCCGGAGCUGGAAAUUGUAUAGAGAAAUAACGAGACCAUUCUACCAGCCCAGAACACGAGGAACCGAGUAUAGCCGAAAUUAAUAGCAAUAAUGGGACCGUACCAGGUAGCCACGUCCUUCCUGGUCCUCAUUGCUGUCCAAGGUAUUCUGGCACAAAAGCAACAGCAAGAGGAUCCUUGUCAGACAAAAGCAAGAGUCGUUGGGGACGUUGAGUAUUGUGAUCGUUAUUGGGAAUGUGUCAAUGGUCGCCCAGAAUUGUUUGACUGUCCCAAUGGGUUAGUAUUUGCUGGGAAGCAUCGUGGCGUCACUGAGGGUUGUGAUUAUCCAUGGAGGGCUAAUUAUUGUGAGGGUAAACGCCAGGCUAAUCCGCCAAUUGGUGCUGAGCAUUGUGAUUGGCUCUAUGGUAUAUUUGGUCAUGAGACUUCAUGCACGAGAUAUUGGACUUGUUGGAAUGGAACUGCUACAGAACAAUUGUGCAUUGGUGGACUGUUGUAUAACGAACGUGCGCACUCUUGCGACUGGCCUGAGAACGUAGAGGGUUGCCAGAAGCACCCACUUUGCAAUGACGAUGCCAAUGGGAAUGUGCCCCUGGGUAAAUCCUGCAACCGCUACUGGCAAUGUCAGGGUGGAUAUCCUCGACUCCAGAGGUGUCCCGCCAUGUUGGUCUUCGACAGAAGGUCAUUGAGAUGCGUUGUACCACCUACAGAGGAUUGUGAGGUACCAACGACGCCACCUAAUCUCGAGGGUGAACUUCCGGAUGGAAGGAACGAACAGGAACCGGAAGAGGAGAAUUUACCACCUGGUGUACCAUCCCUACCAGCGGGCGCGGUACCGAUCUCGUUGAGAGGACGUGCCAGAAAUUAAAUUGGAGUCUUCCGGUUGGCUGAUAAAAAAUCUCACGUGGAAUUUUGAUUCUGAAAAUUCGACGUUCUUUCACGGCACACAAGAGGAUCGGUCGAUUCUCCGUUAGCACGUAAACACUUCUUAUCGUUUCUUUUUUAGAAUUAUUUCUGAUAUCGUUGUUACUAUACUAUACCUAUUCGAUUACUAUAGCCGCGCACCUCUGCCCUUUGAAUUUUCUCAUCCUCAAUCAAAAUGUAAAUAUUCCUUUUAUUCAUUUUUCCUUUUGCGCUUUAUUCACAUGCACCCGUGUGAAUAUGCACGCAUAUAUACGUUUACUCUUACGCAUAAGUACGUAGGUGAUUCGUGCAAUAAAGUAUCGUUGUAUAUUUUUUUUAUACGUAA